UACAAUGUUUCCCUCCGAUUCCGGCUCCUCAGGCAGCGGGGCUACCACAUUGAUCCCAAUCAUGUGUUGAGAAAUUUCACAGACGAAAAGGAAAAUUUCAAACAAAAUCUCAAAAACGACGUCAAAGGGCUGCUGAGAUUGUACGGAGCUGCUUACUACGGAAUAAAUGGGGAAGAAAUACUAGAUGAAGCUUUGGAGUUCGCCAGAACUCACCUUGAGCCCAUUAGCCGACUGGACUCACCUUUGGGCACCCAAGUGAAGCACUCCUUAAAGUGGCCCAUUCUCAAGGGCUUGCCCAUAAGGGAGUCCAAGCAUUUCAUGUCCAAUCCAUCUACCAGCAAGACAAGGCCCACAAUGAAGUCAUUCUAAAGCUAGACAAGCUGGACUUCAACUUGGUCCAGAAGCUGCACCAACAUGAGCUAAUGAUUCUCACCAAGUGGUGGAUGGAUCUGGAUACCGAAACUAUGCUUCCAUUUGCACGUGAUAGAGUGCUAUAUGUGGCCGUUGGGAGGAUUUCUAAAGCCUGAUUACACAGUCGGAAGAAUCUUUGUCACCAAAAUCACUCAACUUGUGUCCGUCCUGGAUGACAUCUUCGAUGUCCACGGUACCAUCGACGAGCUCGAAUGUGUCGUCAAUGUGAUCGAGAGGUGGGAGAUCACCGAUGAGGACGACAAGGUUCCCGAUUACUUCGAGUUCUGGUUCAAGACAUUGCUUGGCGUGUUUGCUGAAAUAGAGGCUCAUGUGUCCAAUGAAGGGAGGUUGUUCUGUAUGGACUAUGCCAAAGAAAUAGUGAAACAUAUAGUGAGAGCGUUCAUAAAGGAAGCAAGGUGGUACAACGCAGGCUAUGCGGCAACAAUGGAGGAAAAUCUACCAAAUGGUUACACCAGCAUCGGCUAUCCCCUUGCCAUUAUAGUUAUCUAUUGCGGGAGGGGAGAAGUUGCUUCAGAAGAGGUCUUCGAGUGGCUGUUUAGCCAGCAGAAGAUUCUUGUCGCCGGUUCUACCAUUGCUCGACUCAUGGAUGACAUUGUCUCCCACCAGUUUGAGCAAGAGAGAGGACAUGUGGCUUCGUCCGUCGAGUGUUACAUCAAACAGUACGACGUGUCCAAAGAAGAAGCCCACGCUGAGCUGAACAAGCUGGUGGAGAAAUUGUGGAGAGACAUAAACGAAGAACUGUUGCGGCCUCUGGAGGCUCCGAUGCCAGCUCUGAAGACAAUACUCAACAAGGUGCGAGUCAUGGACUUGUUGUACAAGGACGAGGACACUUACAUGGAUUCCAAGACCAUCAUGAAAGAGUUACUCACUUACAUCUUGGUGCAUCCCGUGCCUUCGUGA